AUGAAUUCAGAAGAAAACGAAGAAACGGGAGCAGAAAGUUCGACGCCCAGGAAAGCAGGGAGCUCGGCAAAGCGUGUGACCAUGUCUGGUGUGGAAAGUGCAGAUACUGCACCGAACACUCCCGACGACAAAGGACCAGCUGAUGAGGUUUUCGUGCUGGAGAACGGUGGAGAUGGUGACGAGGAUGACGACAAACCACCAUCCAAACUGCUUACCAAAAUUGAAAAACUUGUGGACAAAGUGGAACGCCGACGAGAUAAUCGUAUGGCAGUCUCAUCUAAGGCCCGGAAUCACUUUGUCGCUCUCUGUCUACAAAAGGUCAGCGAGCUGGGAGGAAACAGAAAUAGUGGAAUUCCACUUGCCGAAUUGCGCAAAAUGAGAGACACGCAAAAAGAAAAUGGAGGACAAGUUGGUGAAAUUUUUGAGUCCGCCGUAAAUGUCAUGGAAGAAGCGGAGGGCAGAUUCUUCUACUAUCGUAGUUUCAACGAGUAUUACUUGACACUAGAGGAAAACUACUUUCGACGUAAUCCGUCCAUUGCAGCACUUGCUGGAGUCCUUGCGUACUAUAUUUGUAGUCUCGUUCUAUUUUGCGGAAUUUUGGGUAAUAACAGUACUUGUCCAUCAACAGACGGGCGUCCAAUUUAUGAGGGAUGGUUGACAGCGAUCUACUUUGCCAGUGUCACAAUCUCAACUGUCGGAUACGGAGAUGUCAGUUUCGUUGGCUCUGGUACAGAGGUCUGGAGAGUCUUGAUUGGGACUCUGUACAUGAUCGUUGCCAUGGUUGUUGCCGUCACUGUAUUUUCAUCCCUUUCCAGCAAGGCUCUUGAGUUCACAGGAAGUGCUGUUGCCCCCCAAUUGGAGCCUUUAAUUGAAAAAUUUAUCUCCCUGGAGAAAAACGAAUCAUUGACUACUCAGCUGCGAAGGGUAUGGCUUUUCAAGAUCUUUGAGCUGUCUGUAACUUUUUUGUUGAUCAAUGUCUUUGGAAUGUGUGUUGCAAUGCUUGUCAUGGGUACCACUAAAGAUGGCGAUGAGAUUGAUUGGUCCUGGAUGACAGCAUUUUACUGGGCGGUUCAAACCACGACAACAAUUGGUUACGGUGAUUUGGACAUGCCAUUUGACUUGAGAUGGUUCAACUUCUUGUUUGCUAUUAUUGGGACGACGUUUGCAGCUUCGAUUCUGGGUUCGUUGGCCGAACUUGAUAGUAAGUUGAAGAAUAUGCGUACACUUUACAUCUGGCAGAACCGAGAAGUCAGUAUGCAGCUAAUUAACGACAUGGAAGGCGACGGAGACAAACAACUGGACGAGUACGAAUUCUUGAUUGGAUCAUUACUUACGUUGGAAUUGGUUCAACGAGAGGAUGUCGAAAAAAUCAUGGACAAAUUCCGCGACCUCGCGGGCAUGGAUCAAGUCAUUGACACAAGAGAUAUUGAACAGCACCAGAGACAAUUGUCAGCUCUGAGGAUCUCAAAAGCCGAUAUUGAGAAAUACAAUGCCAAGAAGAGAGAAGAAAUGGAUUAUUGGCAGGAUGUCGAUCAUGCUGCUGACGAAAAUGCGCAAUAG